AUGUUGGGUGGUGAUGUUGAAGAGUUUGUCAGCUGUGUUAACUGCUGGGAUGAAACCACUAAGCCAAUUACCCUUGAUUGUGGACACACUAUUUGUAUGACUUGCUUCUGGAAGAAAUCCUCUUCAUCUUCAUGCUGCACUUCAUGCUGGGAAUACUCCCAGCUGAAAACUCUUCAAGAUGACAUUGUCAUGUACCCUGAAGGAGAAGGCAUGUGUGAGAUACACCUUGAAGAACAGAAGCAGUUCUGUCAUAGCAACAAGACCCUACUCUGUGUGACCUGCUCUAGAUCACAGGAGCACAGACAUCACAUACACUGGCCCAUUACAGUGGCUGCUCUUCGCUACAGGAAACAAAUAAAGUUAUAUCUGGUAAUCUUGAACAACCGGUUAAAAAAAAUUCAGGAACUUCUACUUAAAGAGAAAGAAAGACCGAUUUCAUGGAUCAUCAAAUGCAUUGACUACAAAGAUAUGCCCAGAAAAACAUAUGGGAAAAAAGGUCAGGUGGUAUCUAAAUACAUGAAGGCUAAGGAGAAGAAACCAAAAAAGGAAGAACUUGUUCUAGAGAGGAUAAAGAAGAAAUUGAAUGAGCUUUAUCAGAGGCUAAAGGAGAAAGAGGCCAUCCAGGAAUGUAAAAUCCUGAAACAAAAGAAGGAGUGGGAGGCCAUGAUGUCCAGCCAAAGGGGAUUCUUAACAGACUUGAUCACUGAGCUGCAGGAAAAAAGUCAGAAACCAGACCUGCAGAUGUUACAGGCUGUGACAGAAACAAUGGAAAGGUAUGUUUCUAUUUAG